GGGACCAGGGCGCGCGGUGCGCAGGAGAGGGGACUGUGGUCGGGAGGGCAGGUAGCGGAGAGAUCCCGAGGCCUGAGCGGGUACCCUCAGAGCACCCAGACCUUCCCCCGCUGGAUGCCGCGUCCCCUCCCGAGGCAGCCGGACCUCUCUUGCCCUUCGCCCGCGGUCUUUGGCGGCGCAGGCGCCCGCAGCCCCGCAGCCUUGGAGGAGCCGCGGCCGGAGAGAGGGGCGCGGAGACUUGGCACGGACGCUUGGCCCGCGGCCCGUCGGCACAGCGCCCGCCUGCCGGGUCCCGCCCCGGCCCGGACUCGGGGACCGCCCGCGCGUCCAGUACCCUUGAGCGCAGUUCUUCAGGGCGCAGUCCGCCGGCGCCGGGUCCUCCACUACAAGCGCCUUCCUUAUCCUUCCCGCGCAGUGGCCAAGGCGCGCUCAUCUCUCUCCAGCGCAUCCGCUGCAACCAUGGCCACCUCCUCCGCGCGGCCCGCCUUCCUGGUCAUGACCGCACUGGCGCUGCUGCUGCUGCUGUGCGUGGGCCCAGGCGGCAUAAGUGGAAACAAACUCAAGUUGCUGCUUCGGAAACGAGAAGCCCCUGCUCCCACUACGACCCCGGUGGUUGUCCAGGAGAGCAAAGCCAAGGAGUUCCUGAGCAGCCUUAGGAGGCCCAAGCGGCAGCUGUGGGACCGCUCAAGGCCAGAGGUGCAGCAAUGGUACCAGCACUUCCUGUACCUGGGCUUCGAUGAGGCGAAAUUUGAGGAUGACAUCAGCUAUUGGCUGAAUAGAAAUCGGAAUGGGCACGACUACUAUGAUUACUACCAGCGCCACUAUGAUGAGGACGCGGCCAUCGGCCCCCGGAGUGCCCACAGCUUCCGGCAUGGAGCCAGCGUGAACUACGACGACUACUGACCACCCCUUCGGGCAGGUUCAGGUCGUGGGCUCUGCACGGCUCUUGGGCUGUGUCUGCCGUGUCUAGUCUUGGCCCAUCUUCCCUACUCGCUUUCUAUGGCCAGAAAGGAAGCAUUAACACAGAGAAUAUAAAGGCCUUUCGAGAGUCCAUGCAAGUUCCUAACACUGCAUUCCAUUUAAAACUAUAAAUAAAAGCAUUUUGUUUAAAAGUC